AUGGCCAAUCUCACUGUCUCAGCAAAGUCUGGUAGCGCCUGGGGUCGAAAUGAGCUGCUGUACUUCAAAAUCCAGAUCGACGGCGUCGAUGUUCCCGGUUUCUUCAGUGUCGCUCAACUGCCCGGGCCCAAUGUUCCUACCGUUAUUCUGAGCCACGUAGAUCGACCUAGCGCACCGCUCUUUCACGACACUCGCUUGUUCUUUGCCUAUCUCGAUGAUGCCAUGACCGCUUUUGACGAGCCUGACGGGGUUAUCCACUGCCGCAAAGAACUCUCAUUUGAGAUGCGCACCGUUAAUAUAGUUAACCCUGAGCCUCAACUGAUCGCUGAGGCGAUUGCUGCAUUUCACCAAAACAAUCUUAGCCGUAUCGCCGCCCGCCCUGCUCCUUUACAACAAGAGAUUAACCCUGGCAUUACCAUGCGUGGUAGCACGCCCAUGUUCUUCAAAAUCCCCAUCAUGCAAUGUCUUAUCGAUAACAUAGUCUCGGGCGUUCAUCCUCAGCAGCCCACUAUUGUCCAAAGAUGCGUUCAAGGCGUUCUUGGUGGGGGUUUCUAUUCCUCUUCGACGCAUAGUGCUCAUGCUCGUUGCCAGUAA